AUGGAGGUAGAGGUUAUUCCUAAGAGUACAGUCACUAGUAACUCUAGAGAAAAUACCCACCACGAACGAUUACCGACAGAAGUGAUGCAAUCUAAUUCUCAUAUAAUGUCUGAUUCAAUAGAUGAAGUGAUUAAACCCGGACCCAUCAUGAUUGAUGACGUCCCGGUUUACUUGGUGCACGCAGCCAAUGCUCAAUCUGCUAAGAAGGUAGUGAAGGAUUGGACUGCGAAGAAAGCCCAUCUCCCUAGCUCGCGAAAAGAUGCUCACAAUAAGUUGAAGGCUGAUAAGGUGAAACAGCAACUCAAUGCAGCAGUUAGACAACGGCAGGAGAUGGAGAGAGUGGAGCGUGAAAGCGCACCUAGCCCUGUAACAGAGCAAUCUAUGCAGGAGUCCCGACGGGAAUUAGACACUGAGUCCCCGCCGAUCGGAGAGCAGUCUCCACCCUAUGACUCACAUUUACCAUUCCUGGAACUCCAGUUUCCAGAUGAAAACAUAGACGUAGACCCAGACUACGAGUAUGAAGAACCUAGCUCGGCUGGUAUUCGGUUCGAACCCUCCGCACUGACAAUGGAUAGGGAAUUAGAAAACCUAGCCAUGGAGGACACCGUAGAUCCUGAUGAAGAGUUAAAGUUAUUCCUAUCCGAAGGAAAAGGAAUUGAACAGACUUCUACGCCACCGGAGAAUGGAAACAUGAUGAGUCACCCUCAAGAAGAAGUGCCUAAGGUGAAAUCUGACGUUGUUGUUAAUGAACCACUUAAUGAGGAACAGGCAAAUGCUACCGCUGAUGAUGGAGUUGACUCCCCAGUGGCUGACGAUUCAAUUAAACUCUUUAGUGUCGAAGACAUCUUGAGAGAGAAUCAGCUAGAUGAGCUUGCCAAAUUAAGUGCAACGUCCGACCAACCACACCACCUUGCUGACGAUUCCACUGAUCCACAGCGGAAAAGUCAGCGCCGAGUACGUACUAGUAAAUUGACCAUACUAGACAAACAGGCUGCAUUCAAAGAUGUCAUGAAACAUAACUUCUUCGUGUUUAUGGAUCUUUCGAAGUAUUUGGGAAUGCACGAUGAUGCUCGAGCCAUGAUGAGAGAAAGUACUAAAGCUAUGUUGGUUGACAGAGAUGUUUUGCAGAAAGCCCUUAAGGAUGGUAUUGCCAAGUUCAAGAAGAAACCAGUUGUUACUGAAGUAAAUCUGACGACCACUUCGACAGGCUACCACCAACCAGGGGUCACUCAAGAACUACUCUGUUUCCCCGCAUCCAUACAUGGCCGUAGGAUAGAAAUGAAAUACGACACCGCGGCCCAGUUGAGUUUGAUCAACCCGCAAACACUAAAAGGGUUACCAAUUAAGCCUUUUCCCUUGAGCCAGCCAGUAUUUGUUCAAGGUGUUAAUAAUGACACCAAAGCAAUUACUCAGGGAGUGUUUUUAGAUGUUACUGUCCAUUUCAUCUCCUUACCUGCAAUCCUCUAUUUGCACGAGCAAAUUCCUGUUGGUCAGGUACUACUCGGGUUGCCAUUCGCGCGGAAACGUAACUCUCGUUUAUCACCAUCAUCAGUAAACCCAAUGGAGAGUUUGUGCGCAUCUUGGAAUGGCAGUCAUAACAUCAGUAACUUGGUUCGUUUCUGGAGGAGUGCCCCCAUUGCCCAAGAUAGGUAA